AAAUUUAAGCAAAUAUACAAAUAAAUUUUGAAUAAAACAAAAUUUUUUAAAAAAACAUUUUUUGUGUGCGCUAAUGUUAAUGCGAGCUUAAUAAACAACACCAGUGUUGCAAGAAACUGUUAAAUAAAACGAAAUAAAAAAAAAAAAAAAAUAUAUAUAUAUAUAUAUAUAUAUAUAUUAGUCUGGUGUAACAAGUGGUUUCGUGUGUUUCUCAGAAACUUUAUUCAAAAUAAAUUUAAAAUAAACGAAACAAAAGGAAUUGAAUUGGAAUUGAAUUCAAACUUAAAACAUCAUGGGUUCCAUGGUAAAGUUAUCCAUUGUCAAAGGUCAACAGCAAGAUAACAAUAUAAAACCUUUGUAUAGAAUUUUUGAAGAAAAUCUUAAACAUCAUUCCCAUCAGAUAGCGUUAAUACACAAUAAUGGCAACAGAGAGAACAACGAACAUGGCAAUGAUUCGUCAUUUAAGACUGCGCAAAAUUAUCAACAAAUCACGUACAGACAAAUGAACACGGCGGCCAAUAAGUGGGCUCGAUUCUUAGUGAAGGAAUCAAAACAACAUUUCGUACAACCCAACAAAGAUGGAGAUUUUAUUAUAGGAAUUUGUAUGCAGCCCUCCGAUCGUUUAGUUACGACAUUACUGGCGAUUUGGAAGACAGGUGCCGCUUAUCUGCCUAUUGACCCUAGUUUUCCUGCUAAUCGCGUUGAACAUAUACUUCAGGAAUCGAAACCGAUUAUGGUCGUGUGUGAUGAUAACAUCGAUAAGCAACGUUUUGGAAAAACAUUAACAUAUAGUAUAACUGAAAUUACUGACAAUGCGCAACAGUUCGAAGAGAAUUUAAUCGCGGAUGAUAUGUUAGCCGAGGGAAGUAAACAUUUAGCUGUCGUUUUGUAUACAUCAGGCAGCACUGGCGUACCGAAAGGCGUACGUUUACCCCAUGAAGUUAUAUUAAAUCGUUUGCAAUGGCAAUGGAAUACAUUCCCGUACAAACCGCAAGAGACAGUAACCGUUUUUAAAACAACUCUAACGUUCGUUGAUUCAGUAGCAGAGUUGUGGGGUCCACUGUUGUGCGGUCUAGCCGUGCUGGUGGUACCUAAACUGAUAACUAAAGAUCCAGAACGUCUAGUCCAAUUGUUGGAGGAGUACAAAAUCAGACGCUUGGUUUUAGUACCAACACUAUUGCGUUCAUUACUGAUGUAUCUCAGUUUGGACGGCAAUACCUGCGGUCUAGCGCAAAAGGGACAAAAGUUGUUAGGCAACCUUCAAAUGUGGGUAUGUUCUGGGGAACCGUUGCCGCUUAGUUUAGCGAUGAAUUUCUUUGAUUAUUUCGAAGAGGGUGCACAUGCACUGUACAAUUUCUACGGUUCGACUGAAGUAAUGGGCGACGUAACGUAUUUCGCAUGUGAAAAUAAAAAACAACUGAGUCAUUACGAUCGUGUACCGAUAGGUGUACCAGUCAUAAAUACUGUGAUAUAUCUAUUAGACAGCGAUUAUAGACCGGUAAAGACCGGUGAGAUCGGUGAGAUAUUUGUAUCAGGCUCAAAUCUGGCCAGAGGCUACGUUAACGGCAGGGAUCCGGAAAAAUUUUUAGAGAAUCCUUUAGCAGUUGAAUUAAAAUAUUCUCGACUUUACCGCACCGGAGAUUACGGUUCUUUAUUUAAUGGUCAUAUAAUGUACGAGGGUCGUACCGAUUCUCAAAUUAAGAUUAGAGGGCAUCGUGUUGAUCUUUCAGAAGUGGAGAAAAUUGUUAUCGAAUUGCCUCAAGUGGAGAAAGCAAUAGUGCUUUGCUAUCAUGCCGGACAAGUUGAUCAGGCCUUAUUAGUUUUUGUUAAGUUAAGAGAUGAUUCGCCCUUGAUUAAUGAGUUGCAAUUAGAAAGCAAAUUAAAAAAUCAAUUGGCGGAUUACAUGAUGCCACAAGUCGUUCUAAUCGAUCAUGUGCCUCUUUUGGUCAACGGCAAAGUGGAUCGUCAAGCGUUAUUGAAAUUAUACGAAACGGCGAAUAAUAAUGAUGGAGAUUCGAGUAUCGUUUUAGAUUACGAUUAUUCGCAGGUACCCGAUGAGUUAAGGGAAGCAGCUGAAGAUUUAUUUGAAACUGUAGGCAAUGUUAUAGGACGUUCGACGCGCACCACGCUAUCGGCGAAUAGUAAUUUUUACGAGUUGGGCGGAAAUUCGCUUAAUUCGAUAUAUACCGUAACAUUAUUAAGAGAGAAAGGCUACAACAUUGGCAUAUCGCAAUUCAUAACCGCUAAAGAUUUAGGCGAAAUUCUACAUACUAUGACCAAGGAUUGCGAAACAAGUAUGGUAGAAGAUGACAAUGAACUUUGGAUUAACAGUUGCCCGCAUUUGGAUAUGGAGGCGAUACCUUUACAACAUAAUCAUAAAAAUGAGGUGAUACAAAUUAUUGUUGAUAGUUUUUACGGUAAGGCUGAUUUGGAGCAAUGGCUAAAACCUGAUAUACUCCCUAGCGAUUACAGUGAUCUUAUAAGUGAUAUUUGGAACGAUUUGGUGGAGAAGGAUCUUAGCUUUGUGGUGAGAGAUAAAAAUACUAAACGCAUUAUUGCAACUGCUUUAAAUUUUGAUGCUCGUAACGAACCUGACGUAGAAGUGAAGAGUAAAUUGAUAAUUGUCUUUGAUUUCCUCGAAUAUGUUGAAGGACCCAUAAGAGACACUUACUUACCAAAAGGACUCAAUAAAAUACUGCAUUCCUUUAUGAUGGGCACCCAUGAGGAUUUAAAUCCUCAAGAAAAUAUAGCUUGUAUGCACUUCAUGGAGCAUGAGGUUUUAAAUGUGGCCAAAGCAAAAAAUUUCACCGGUAUUCUAACCACAAACACUAGUCCUUUAACUCAGCAAUUAGGCAAUGAUGUUUAUCAUUAUAAAACCUAUUUGGAUUAUCAAGUUAAUGAAUACGUUCAUACGGACGGAACUAGACCGUUCGCGAAGGCACCCGAUUUUCAACGUGCUAUCGUUCAUUGGAAGGAGGUUAAUGCUUAAACAUUAGAAUUAGGAUACAUUCCCUAAACAGUAUUAUAUAAGCAUUAAUUAAUAAUUUCUAUUGCAACACUUUGUGUGUUUACUUGAAAAAAAGGUACCUGCACUCACAUUCAUUUCACUGAGAAAUAAUACACUUGACAGGCAUAUUGUGUUUAUUCCUAAAUCAAUUUUCCUUUCCAUUCUGAGGACAUUUUAUGUAUGAACGUAUUGCAGUACAUUCUGCAUACUACACACUGCAACAUAUAGACCAAUAAACGAUGAUAUUGUGUUACGAGAAAG